AUGGUUAUGGAAGUAGUGCAUGAAGACAUUGGAGCAGGUAACAUGCAAUGUACAGACCAUCCGUACAAGAACAGCACCCCAGGUGGGAUCUGUGCAUUUUGCCUCCAAGAAAAGCUUGGAAAAUUAGUCUCCUCUUCAUUCCCUCUACCCAUUUCUUCCUCUACUUCUUCAUCUUCUUCCCCUUCUUUUAGAUCUGAAUUUAGCACCGGCACCGGCACUGGCACUGCCCCCACCACAUCCCUUCAAGUUCGCCGCUAUACAUCCUCAUCUGCCAGAUUGCCUUUCAUUAUGACACAAAGGAAAAAUAAAAAUAAAGAUGGUGCCAUUUCAGAUUUCAAGAGAAGCAAAUCUACCACUACUCCAGGAAGAGGUAUCCAUUUCUUAGAUGAAAAAUAUCAAGAUUAUAGCCCUCAUAAAAGAGGGUUCUGGUCCUUUCUUUACUUGUCAAAACAUUCAAGUACAACCAAGAAAAUUGAAACCCACUAUAAAGAUAUAAACUUUUCAUCUAGUAGUGUAAGUGGUAAAAUGAAAUCAAUGGACAAGAAGGAAGAAAUUGUGGGUUGUGAAGAAAAUGAGAGUCCAAGAAUGGUUUCAAGAUCCAGAUCUGUUGGUUGUGGAAGUAGGAGUUUUUCUGGUGAUUUCUUUGAAAGACUUUCAACUGGCUUUGGUGAUUGUGCUCUUCGUAGAGUGGAGUCUCAUAGAGAAAGCAAAUCUAAACUUAAUUCUGUACACAAAAAUGAAGGUAAUAACGGGCAGGUUCAAAUUAAAGAGAGAGUUAGAUGUGGAGGGAUUUUCAGUGGUUUUAUUAUCACUUCAUCUUCAUCUUCAUCAACUUCAUCUUCCCAUUGGGCUUCAUCUUCAACUGAAGGUACUGCAGCAAAAGCCACUGUAGGGAAUCUUUCUCAUGGGAGGAGUAAAAGCUGGGGAUGGACAUUUGCAAGCCCAAUGAGAGCUUUCAGCAAGCCACCAAAGAGGGAUUCUUCUUCUUCAAAUAAGAAUGCUACUCCCAAUCUGGCUGCAAUUCCUUCCUUGUUGGCUGUUGGGGGUUGA